UUUUACAAAAUAAGAUUAAGCAUCAAGAUUACAACAGUGUGCACAUUCUGCUUUUGUUUUCCUCCAUACAGAGCAUGCUCAGUAGUGAAAAACAAACUGUGAUUUAUGGUUGGAGGAGUGGGAUCGAGGGUCUUUCCCAGCAAAACUGAUAAAGCGUCUCAUUUUAGCAGCUCCAAUGGUGGGGCUAUUUCUUUUUUUUUCUCAUUUAGUGAAGCAAUCCCCUUAUCAUCGUCUCUCAGCAUGUGGAGAGAGUGCUUAUCUUCACGAGCCAGCAGAGUGAAGCCAGCUCCCUCAGGAAUGAUCCCCAGACAAAGACAACCCCGAGGGACAUCGACUCCAAGCCUCUCUGCCUCUGGACAGCCACAUCCAGCACUGGCUAGCCACCGCCAGGAUCUCUCAGCGAGCAUGAGAAGACACAGCUGAGGGGACAUUUACUGCCGGACCCCUGGAUACUGAUGACCUGCGGAGGACGACUCUGCAACUGAGAUUUCUGCACAUUUCUACACACGUACAGCUCUACUCGGCACCAUGACCAGGAAGGUGUUCACCAACACGAGGGAGCGCUGGCGCCAGCACAACGUCAACACCGCCUUCGCGGAGCUCCGCAAGCUCAUCCCCACCCAUCCUCCGGAGAAGAAGCUGAGCAAGAACGAGAUCCUGCGUCUGGCCAUGCGCUACAUCAACUUCCUGGUGCAGCUGCUGGAGAGCCAGAGCGGUCAGCCGGCCAGCCACUCCCCCACCGCUCUGCUCACCUUUCUCAGAGGAAACAUGGAGCAGCUGCACUCCCCUCCACACCCGUGGGCCCUGACCAGUGACACUGAAGUCCCUUCGCCUGGAUCCAGCUGCGACAGCUCCGAGGCCUGGUAGAAACCACACACACACAAAAAAAAGAAACCCUCGAGUGGACCUUCGGACACUUUUCCUGGGGUUUAAAAAAGAACUGAUAAUCUCCUUCCUCGAGACUCAUUUUUGCCUCCGCAUUUGUCACCCGUGUGUGACACUUGUUUUAAUGCAGAAGAUGCAAUAUUGUGUUAUAUUUGUGGACUCCAACCGUGGCUCAAAAUGUGGUCACAGCCUCCAUGCUGAUCAGUGUUGAAAUAUGCUUUGCGGGUUCAAAUUAAUUUGUAUUCUGCAUGGAUGUGUGAUACAAUAUUCCAUUCAUGUCUUCAUGUUAAUAUUCCUUGUUGCCGGUCCACCUGGAACUAAUUUAGUUUGCAAUGACAGAGUGUUUUGCAGAUGAGGAAAAUGGAGGGGAUUAAGGAAUUUCUCAUUUCAAGCAAUAGAUUCAGCAUUUGAAUAGAUAAAGGCUCAGCCAAUUCUCCAGCCUGCAAUCGUCUCAAAAUAGCCAAGGGCACUUUUCUUUUCUUUUUUUUUUUAAGUCGACAUGCUGUUUUUUUUUCUUGAGAAGACUAAAUCUGACCUUAAUUUUCAUUUACGAAGGUUAUGUGACUUCAGAAGAAACAGUUCUGUGAAAGACUUUUGCUGGUUCUCACCCUUUGACACAGCAAUGUUCAGCAUUUGUUGAUUACAAAUUUGUGAUACUUCGGAUUGGGCUGAGGAAUUUCAGCAAAACUGGCGAUCCUCUUUCAGUAAUUUCAUGCUUGACCACACAAUAUCUUCUCAUUGAAAUGUGUUUUCAUUUGAGUUUUUGUAAAAUACGCAUGUCAUAUAGCCAAAGAUUAUGAAUUGAUUGUCUACUGUGAAGAGUGUGCUACUUAUCUUCUGAUACCUCUUUUGUAAGUUAUUUCGGUGUGCUUGUGAAUAUGCAGUAUGUUAUUUAUUUUAACUAUUUAUUUAUUUAUUUAUUUAAUGACUUGUUAAUAAAAAAUACUUUCUGGAUCUUUUUAAUUAAAGAGGUCACUA